AAGACAGGACGGAGCCGCAUUCUUUUUGUUAUUUUAUUAUUUUUUGCAAGCUACAUAACGAAAUUUUCACUCAGGGACUUCUAGCCGUGGCGUGUGGCCUAGAAAAUUCAGCGCAGUGCUGUAUUUAUAAUUGUGUUUGUGUGUAUAAGUACACGAGCCACACAUAUUCGUAAAACUCAGUCUCUAUCCUUAUGUGGCAAGUGCUGACCGUAAGCAAGCGGCAGCUGUCAGAUACAUCAGUCUUUUAAAUGAAACCCAGUGGAAUCUAGUAAAAUGAUUUUUACGAUCAUUUGCUUUCGUUAGGUUAAAGUUAUGGUUUUCCAUACGGGCCCUUAUAUAAAUUCGGUAUCUCGUUUUCUCUCUAGUACAAGUAGUACUUGUUUUUAUGCCGACUACAGACACCAUGGUGCAGUGUCAUCCGCCGUUGGAGUUGGAAGAAUUGCCAAAAGAAGACGAAGAAAGAUUAGAGAAAUUAUUUUCUAAAUUAGAUACAGAUGGAAAUGGUAAAAUCGAUAUUCACGAUCUCUCCGUGGCCCUCAAGGAACUAGCUCCACACAUAAACCGGAGUUACGCAGAGAAAUUUUUGGCUACAACUGGAAAGGAUGCUGGUGAUGUCACCCUCUCGGAAUUUAUUCAUUAUGUACGAGAACAUGAAAAGAAUCUGCGGCUGCAAUUCUCACACCUUGACAAGAAUAAAGAUGGAAAAGUUGAUCUGGAGGAACUUAUAUCUGCAUUUGCUGAUUUGGGCAUCGCAAUAGGACGUAAUGAAGCGACGAAUUUGUUAAAAAGAAGAGCAGUUUGGCCUAUACUUAAGUGGAUGGAUCAAGAUGGAAGCCUUAACAUCAGUUAUGAUGAAUGGCGAGACUACUUACUGCUGGCUCCAGCUACAGACAUACAUGCCCUCAUCAGCUUUUGGAGACAUUCAACUUAUCUGGACAUCGGGGAGGAUAUGAACGUGCCUGAUGAUUUUACACAAAGCGAAUUGCAAACUGGAAAGUGGUGGCGACAUUUACUGGCUGGUGGAAUCGCUGGCGCCUUUAGUCGAACGUGCACUGCACCACUUGAUAGACUUAAAGUAUUUUUACAGGUAAAUCCAACAAGAGAAAACAUGGUACGGUGUUUAGCUAGAAUGAUUAAUGAAGGUGGUAUUAGUGGUCUGUGGAGAGGCAACGGAAUAAAUGUAAUAAAAAUUGCCCCCGAGUCGGCUAUAAAAUUCGCAGCAUAUGAACAAGUGAAGCGACUGAUAAAGGGCGAAAAAAAGAAUCAGCCGUUAGAAAUCCACGAGCGGUUUAUAGCUGGGGCGUCGGCUGGGGCAAUUAGCCAAACUGUGAUCUACCCAUUAGAGGUGCUAAAGACAAGAUUAGCUUUAAGGAAAACCGGUCAAUAUCUAGGUAUAUUGGAUGCGGCAAGGAAGAUAUAUGCGAGAGAAGGACUGAAGUGUUUCUAUAAAGGAUACAUUCCAAAUAUUUUGGGGAUAGUGCCUUAUGCUGGCAUCGACCUCGCGGUCUAUGAGACUCUAAAGAAGAAGUACAUUAGUAAAUAUCAAGCGAACAAUUCGCAGCCGGGAAUAUUACUUUUGCUGGCCUGCGGAAGUGCGUCUUGCACUUUGGGACAAGUGUGCUCCUACCCCUUGGCUCUUGUACGAACAAGGCUCCAAGCCCAAGAGAGGUCAGCAAAGGGCGCAGAGGGCACCAUGAGCGGUGUGUUCCGUGAUAUAGUGCAGCGGGAAGGAUUCCGGGGCCUUUACCGCGGUAUAACGCCUAACUUCAUAAAGGUGAUUCCGGCCGUUUCCAUUUCGUACGUGGUGUACGAAUACGCCAGCCGCUCGCUCGGCGUCAACAUGACGUGAUUGCCGCGGUCCCACAUACGCGCAUUUCCUCUCGGACAAUUGUCCGAAAUACCCCUAGGCUCAAAUCGCCUUUCGACAUUCUAAUCCGCAUUAGCAAAUUGUGCAUUUGUAAUGUAAAUAGCUCUCAUCUAUUUUAAGACUAUUUAUUUUGUGAAUUUGAUUCCAUAUAUUUAAUUUGCCACCUGCAAUUAAUUUAUUUUAAAUAAUAACUGCUACAUAUUUUAAACAUUUUAUAUAAAUAAUUUGUGUGUGUUAAAUGUUAAUGGACAUGGUAUCGGACUCAAUUUAUGCCGGCAUAGCGCUGGAUUUUACAUCUGUGAUCACAAUAAAAUGUAUUUUUUUU